AUGGGACUCUCGAUAAUCUCGCUCCCACCAGAAAUCCUCUCUCAGGUCCUUUGUCGACUAUCUCAUACUGAUCUGCUUGCAUUCUCCGUUACGUGUCGUGACGCUCGCGAACAUGCAUCGCCUCAAAACCAAUUGCUCUGGCAAGCUGUCUUUCUGCAGAUCUUUGACGAUCCGCGACAUCGUUGGGACAGCUUGACACGCACAGUACGUCAGGCUGGCAAGGAUCGUGAGGUAGGAUGGGAUUGGUAUAAUGAAUUGCGAAGGAGAAUUGUUGCCUUGAGGUUCGUGAAAUCGAGCAAAGUGGCCUUUGAGAAUAGCAAUGACCCAGAAGCGGAGAGUGUGAUUGAGGCACUACUUGACAUUAUCGACACGGCAAAGACAUGCCCGACGCCGUCGGAAAUUCAGGCAGGUAGGAAGCCAGAGGUCGAUGAUAGGGAGUUGAGCUUGAACUUGGGGCUUCUGCCAAUUCCGUACUACUUCUCACGUGAGUUCGACGGAUUAGUGAGAGGGUUACCAGCCAGUAUGGUCAGGAGAAAUGCGGCACCCAAGUACUACGAAGGUGAUACCUCGAAUGCAAGAAGCAUGCCCGGCAGCUGGAACGAGGAGCGCACGCCAGGAAGGCCUACGACUCGCCUUCGAGCUGCACUCGAGAUGGAAAAGGCAGUCAGAUCUGCAGCCGGAAGUCGCUUACAUGUGCUCUGUGGACUUACGGAGUACGAGGUGCAAGAUGAAAGAGCAUUGGGUCGUGCUAGGCGGGUGACGUACGAUUGGACCUUGACGAAUUCAGCUACUGAUUACGGCCCAUUCAAGAAUGAUGGUUCUGGCGAAAUCGACUGGAGACGACUUGAGGCAGUAUGCUCUGUCGUGUCUAGACAGUUUGGCAAUGCUAUCCGUGGUCGAAUGACACCUCCACAAGGCUUCUGCUUCUCUUUGCCAUACAGAACUUUGCUGGACCCUACAACACCGAACGAUUGGGCAAGAGUUCAGGGCAAUUGGUGUGGGACCUAUGUCUUUCUACACUGGGAAGACCUGGUAGACUUCAACGCCACUUCGACAGACAGACCCUCUUUGGAGAACGGUCCUGAAGCUUGUGGCGGGGUUAUGAAGUUGGAACUGAAACUUGACGAUCGCAUUAGAGACGACCCAAAACUGCAAACUCGACUGCCCAUCUGUGAGGACUUGCCGCCUCUCUACUUCUCGGGUGUGUCUAGAAGCUAUGACUUUCAGAUGGCAACUGGCAUCCGCGGCAUGGCUUGCCUAGCACCAGGCGGUAAGGAGGUCAGAUGGAGAUACAUUGUUCAUUACAGUGGCGGCGAUCAGUGGCAGCUCGAAGGAGUACAGCCAGGUGGUAUCAGGUCGGGUUCUGUGUAUGGGCUCUGGACCUCGUGUGCGCACGAACAGGGAGGUCCAGUCGGCCCGUUUUGCUACGCACCCGAAGAGUUGUUCAAGCCAACUUCAGUUGUGCUGGUCUCGUAG